GAGGAGGGGAUAACCUUUGACCUGUUGCUCGAGAAGUGGUGGCGCUAGGGUCGCUGCAGUGGUCAACUCACGUCUCGGUCUGCGGGUGCAAAGGCGACAUACUGGUCAUCCAGAGUCACAUCGACCAAAUCCUCUUUUUUCUGCCAAAUUAGGCCACCAACCGGGAAGAGUAUUUAGCAUUUAAAGUUGGCGUGAGCAGUCAGGAAGCAUCUGUCAUCUUGCAGCGACGUCACAAUUUAUUGUGUCACGUGACUGCGAUUGUUUACGCCCUGACUUAAAUCUGUUGCUUUCCGUCCCUUCCUCAUGCACCCUCGAGCCCCAAGAAUCUGACAGCCCUGAGAGACGGUAUAAAACUUGCAAUGUCUGAGUGUCUGGCGAAAAAUUCGCGAGCAGCAGAGUUGUGAAAAGUUUCUGAGUGAGGGGGCCAACUGCAUACGAGCAAGCUUGCGACCUCAAUAUCGCAGAUCAUCAAGACUGAGGAGAAGAUGCUGAGCAAGGCGUGCCUGGUGGCGCUAGUGACGCUGCAGUGGUCAGCUCUCGCCCUCGGCUACUCGGUCUACGCGUGCGAAGGCGACAUGCUGGUCAUCCAGUGUUACACGGGCCAAGUCUCAUCCUUUCUGCCAAGUUCGGCCGCCAACCGGGGAGUGUAUUCAAGUGUGGCGACAACUUCAUGCUGCAAAAGAUGUGCAAGACGGACGCCACCCAGUACAUGCGGUACCGGUGUGAAGGGAGGUUCAUGUGUGAGGUCCUGGUGGACACGGCGACCUUCCUGUCUGACCCGUGUCCUGACGUGCUCAAGUACAUGGAGGUCGAGUACCAGUGCGUGCCGCCCACCUCCUUCGCCAGCGUGGACGCAUGCGUGGAGAAGUGCAUGGCCACCGGUGGGAACCCCUGCUCAGCCAGCAUCCCUGCUGCUGGGUUAAAUCAACUACAGGCACAGCCCCAGCCCCAGCUCCAGCCUCAGCCCCAGAUCCAGCCCCAGCCUUCAGUCCCGCUCAGUGCACUGUCUGUCGGAGCUCAGCAAGCUUCCUCAACAAAGACAGGGCAACAACCAGCUUUAUCCCAAAGCAGACCGUCUCCCGCAUCAUCGUCAUCGUCGUCGUCGUCAUCAUCAGCAGCAGCAGCAUCCCAUUCUCAUUUUUCUGCCGUCCCAGCCUUGCCUUACGGAUCAGACAAGGCGAGCAGCAACACGGGAACUUCCGGGGGAACCGGAAGUUCGUCGUUGCCAAUGCAGGUACCAGGUUCUUUGCCAGCUAGACUAAACCCAGCGGCUGCCUUAAACAUGAAUUCUGCGACCCGAGCAGCUCUGAUGGCCAGGCUGGGCAACGUUCUCGCAUCUCUGCAAAAUCGAGCGGGCUAGCUGGACAUUCUUCGAACAAACUGUCAUGGCGGUUGGGUCGGAAACUUGUUCAGAGGUUUUCUGAUAGCUUGCCGGACUAGUAAUGACAUAAUUACUUCCAACGUGUUUACAAAUAUUAUACAGAAAUAUAAUGUUCCCUUUCUGUGGAUUGGUGAUGCCUUUUAUACGUCGUUUAUAAAACUGUCUCCUAAACCGGAGUGAUAAAGGAUGUGACUGAAUAAAUGGCAGCUUAUCUCCCUUUAAAAAAAAAUGUUUUCUGCUGGAUGCCCUUCAAGAAGCUGUCUGUGCGCAAUAGUUAUUCAUGUUUGUAAGGAAAACAUUAAAAAAUCUGUUAUUGAUUACAAUUGUUAUUUGUUUUCCUUAAAGGGCUGUGCAGUAGAUUAGCAACCAAAAAAGUCUUUUGAAAAAUGUGUAUCUCUGUGAAAUUGAAUGAAAUUGAAUGCACCGUCAAACAGGAAGCAUUCAAUAUAUCUGGUAAGAGGGUAGCGAGGACUGGUUGUUUUGUAAGUCUACGCGUGCUUUGAUUAACUUCACUUUUAUACGAGGGUGUUUUAAAAAGCAAAGUUUCAUAAACAAAGUCUUGUGAACCAGAAAUGCAUACAUAAUUAUCAACUAAAGUUUUUUCUUUGGCAAUGUUGCCUGGGGGGAGGGAAGUAUCAGAGCUCGUGCAUGCAUGCAAAUAACAGAUGUGUUCUACAUGCGAGCGUGUAUCUUCUUCUGUGUGUGUGUGUGUGUGUUUUAUGAAAGAGGGAUCUUGUGUGAAAAUAAUUAUGUAUUAACAUGAAAAACUGGUGAAAGACGCAGGGAGGAGAGACAACCCUGUCCAACUACUCCAAAGAACAAAGAAGCCCGCAGUGAAAAUAAGACCUAAAGACCCAUAGUUAAUGUGGUGCUAGGUGUGAUGGAUGGCUUUGCUCUCAAAGAUGCUUUUGUGCUGGAAAGCGUGCAAACUCAUUUUUUACAUGCAGGAAAAAGAGGGUGAGAAAGGAACUCGGACACUACAAUAAAGUUUGCAUAUUUUCACGA